AUGAUCGCACACGCCUCAAACAAGCUGAAGGAGAGUGCGGAAUCGGCUACGACAGCUGCUACGCUGCCUUCGGAGAUACCAGUCCAGCCGCAGAGACCAAAAAGUAGAGAGGACGAGGAAUCAACGAAAUGUUUACGUCCUCAACCUCCGACUGGGCUCUCGUCGCGGACAGAUGUGGACAUUUACAGGUACAGCCAAGCAAUGGAGCUAAGGAUGGCAAUUGAACCGCUCUUUGAACGGAGGCGAGGCGCGGGGGCGAGAAUCACUUCCGCCAAAAGAAAGACGAAGAAACAAGCUGCGUUCAUUGAGAGCAAAAGUGUUGCGGAGAACUUGGAGGAUGGCAGGGCUUCUGUCUCACAACCCGAAAAUGAAGAGAACCGUGUCCAGCUGGAUGAGGAGAAUGAAGUAGUUUACGGCAAUUGUAACCAGGAAGGUCAGCUUCUACAAACCCACGUAUCGACCAUCGAGCUGUGA